UCCGUUACCCGGAUGGAUAGCCGAUGGGAGAGAACAACUCUCCAGCGGAUUUGAAGCAAGAGAUGGCUGGAUUUCGAUUCCACAAGCCGUGAGGAAAAACUCCAUGCUUUUUUCCUUUUAUUUUACAAUUAUUUUAUUUGGUUGGAUAUAGAAACUUCGGAGCUUUUUGUUCAAAUAGGAUGGCCGUAGCUGCAGAUGGCGACCAAGACUUUGUUCCGGGACCACACCCUCUGCUUCAACACUCCCUCUCCGCUUCCUCAUCCAGCCAUCAAGGACCCCCUCAACCGCGCUACCUCAUCAAUCGACGCCACCCACUGGCUAUCAGCAACAUUUCCAUCCCGGCGGCUGGCAGCAGCAGCAACCUCCUCGAGGAUCCCCUAUGGUCUUCGUCCCCGACCAUUCACCAUGUCUCGGCGCCCCCCUCUUCCUCCUCGUCUUCAUCAUGUUCCGUGGCCUCCCCCUUGACGCGCCGGAAGAGGCCCAAACCCAUUAUGAUCAAGCAGGCCCAUGUCGAUAGCGACGUGGACAUGGUGAGCUCGGCCAGCAGCAAGCCGCUGUCCAGUGCCUGGAAGCAGGCCUUGGGGGCCGCCACUACCGUUGUUCCUACGGCAGAGGCCGGAGCUACCCUGCCCCCAGCUACUGUGGCGGUCCCUGCACCCAAGGAGAGGAAAAGGCAGCAGCGGAAGGGACCCAAGGUUCUGGAGAGGCCUUCCAAAGCGCUAUUUUGUUUAACUUUGGAAAAUCCCGUGAGGAGGCUCUGCAUAAACAUCGUAGAAUGGAAAUAUCCUUUUCUUCUUUUCUGCAGGCCUUUCGAAUAUCUUAUUCUUCUUACAAUAUUUUGCAACUGCGUAGCCUUAGCAAUCUACACUCCUCACGCCUGUAUGGACUCCAACAGAUUAAAUCAUUAUUUGGAAAAAACGGAAUAUCUGUUUUUAGUGAUUUUUAUGAUCGAGUGCAUUAUGAAAAUUAUAGCAUAUGGCUUUUUGUUCCACCCUGGUGCCUAUUUACGUAGUGGUUGGAACUUUCUCGAUUUUGUCAUUGUCAUUAUAGGUAUUAUUAGUACAGCUCUUUCGGCUCUGAUGAAAGAGGGUUUUGAUGUAAAAGCCUUACGUGCAUUUCGUGUUUUACGGCCCCUUAAACUAGUGUCCGGUGUCCCAAGUCUUCAAGUAGUUUUAAAUUCUAUUCUUCGUGCCAUGGUGCCCUUACUUCACAUCGCUCUCCUCGUCAUCUUCGUCAUCAUCAUUUACGCCAUCAUAGGUCUAGAACUCUUCUCCGGGAAAAUGCACGAAACGUGUUUCAAUAAUAUCACAGGAGAGACUGCCUUAGAAGAGCCGCACCCGUGCGGGGAGAACGGUUUCCACUGCAACAUCAGCAACAAUGAAGUGUGUAUGGGAUACUGGGAAGGUCCGAAUUUCGGCAUCACGAACUUUGACAACUUCGGGCUUGCCAUGCUCACCGUCUUCCAAUGCGUCACCAACGAGGGAUGGACGAAUGUGCUGUACAACAUAAAUGACUCUGUCGGGAAUGAGUGGCCCUGGAUUUAUUUUAUUAGUUUAAUCAUAAUUGGAUCCUUCUUCGUUCUCAACCUUGUUCUUGGUGUCUUAAGUGGCGAAUUUUCUAAAGAAAGAGAAAAAGCCAAAGCUCGGGGGGACUUCCAUAAACUUAGGGAAAAGCAACAAAUUGAAGAUGAUUUGCGCGGCUAUUUAGAAUGGAUUACGCAAGGAGAAGACAUAGAACAAGAUGAUAAGGAAAAUAAAGAAGGGUCUAGUAGAAACAGUAAAAAUUUGCGUGAUAUAGACAGGGUAGACACAACACAAGGUGAAACCAACAGUAUAGAUGCAGUCCAUGUGCCUUCGUGGUGGUCUCUUAAAAAAAAAAAGUUAAGUCGUGAUAAUCGUCGAUUGAGGAGAAUGUGCCGUCGAAUGGUCAAAUCAAAAGCCUUCUACUGGAUUGUGAUAGUAUUAGUUUUCUUAAAUACUUUAGCUUUAGCGUCGGAGCACAACAGUCAGCCACCCUGGCUGGAUUACUUCCAAGAAAUCGCUAAUUUAUUCUUUGUUGCUCUGUUUACUCUGGAAAUGUUACUUAAGUUGUUUAGCCUCGGUUUCCAAGGCUAUUUUGUCUCUCUGUUCAAUCGUUUCGACUGCUUUGUUGUCGUGAGUUCGAUCCUGGAGACUGUCCUCACGUAUUCUGACGUCAUGCCACCUUUGGGAGUAUCAGUGCUACGAUGUGUACGCCUGCUGAGAAUAUUCAAAGUCACCAAAUAUUGGGCGUCAUUGCGUAACCUCGUGGCCUCUCUCAUCAAUUCCAUGCGAUCCAUCGCCAGUCUGUUGCUGCUGCUUUUUUUAUUCAUCGUUAUCUUUGCUUUGUUGGGUAUGCAAGUGUUUGGAGGGAAAUUCAACAACAAUCCUCACGAAGACAAGCCCAGGAGUAACUUUGAUUCCUUUUGGCAGAGUUUGCUCACCGUGUUUCAAAUCCUGACUGGAGAAGACUGGAAUGAAGUGAUGUAUCACGGUAUAAACGCAUAUGGAGGUGUCGGAUCACCUGGAGUUUUAGCAUGUAUUUAUUUCAUCAUUUUGUUCAUCUGCGGAAACUAUAUUCUACUGAAUGUAUUCUUGGCCAUCGCUGUUGAUAAUUUGGCUGAUGCUGAAAGUCUUACGGCCAUUGAAAAAGAAGAAGAGGAGAAAGAACAGGGGAGUAUUGUGUAUUCCAAAGAAUAUGACGAUUAUGAUGGUCUCGAUGAAGAGGGUCGCCAUCACAGUAAGAGAAAGAAGAAGAAACGGCACAGCCUCUCUUCUUCGAGUAUAUCCGUGGAUAAGCCAUCUAAGCCUGAAACGCCGCAAAUGAAUCACAAUAUGUUCGUAAAAAUGCAAAGAGAAAAAGCUGAUAAUUCAAUUAAACCACCAGACUCUUCAAAUGAUACAAAAGAAAUCGAAGCAGAAAAUGAAGCUACAGCAGUUGAAUUUAAUGAAGAGGAAGGGGAAGGUGAUGAGGAUGAUGACGAUGAUGAUGAAGAAGAGGAAGAAGAAUCUGUUUCCACAGCCAGACCCAGGCGGCUUUCUAAUAUGCAUAUUGACAAAAAAAUCAAACCCAUUCCUGCUUACACCUCAUUUUUCAUUUUUUCACACAACAACAGGUUCCGCAGGCUAUGUCACUUCAUCGUUAAUCACAAUUAUUUUGCAAAUAUUAUUCUUGGCUUCAUAUUAAUUAGUAGCGCAAUGCUUGCUGCAGAAGAUCCUCUACAUGUCAAUUCAGAUAGAAACAAAAUUUUAAACUACUUUGAUUACUUUUUUACAACCGUUUUCACUGUUGAAAUUACAUUAAAGGCUGUAGCAUACGGUCUGAUUUUACAUAAAGGAUCUUUCUGUAGAAGUUACUUUAACCUGCUUGAUGUGCUUGUUGUGUCCGUCUCGCUCAUUUCUUUCGCAUUUGGGAACGAAACGUUCUCUGUUGUUAAAAUUUUACGUGUUCUACGAGUGCUCCGACCUCUCCGAGCCAUUAACCGUGCCAAAGGAUUAAAGUACGUAGUCAAGUGCGUCAUAGUAGCAGUCAAAACUAUAGGAAACAUCAUGUUGGUCACCUACUUGCUACAGUUCAUGUUUGCUGUGAUCGGAGUCCAACUUUUCAAGGGAAAAUUUUAUCGGUGUAAUGAUGAAUCUAAAAUGACGGAAGAUGAAUGUAGAGGCCAAUAUAUUGUGUAUCAGGGUAGCGAAAAUGGCAUGAAAAUAACUAUAGAAGAUCGAGUGUGGGAAAAUAAUGAAUUUAAUUUUGAUGAUGUUGCCAAAGCUAUGCUCAGUCUUUGUACAGUUUCAACUUUUGAAGGUUGGCCGAAAUUACUCUAUGUGGCAAUCGACUCCCACGCGGAGAACGUUGGCCCAAUUUACAAUCAUAAUCCACUUGUAGCCAUAUACUUUAUCGUCUAUAUCAUUAUAAUUGCCUUUUUUAUGGUUAACAUUUUCGUUGGUUUCGUCAUCGUUACCUUUCAAAAUGAGGGUGAGCAAGAAUUCAAAAAUUGUGAAUUAGAUAAAAAUCAGAGGAACUGCAUUGAAUUCGCUCUGAAAGCAAAGCCCGUCAGACGUUACAUCCCCAAACAUCGAAUACAGUACAAAGUAUGGUGGUUCGUAACGUCGCAGUACUUCGAAUAUUCUAUUUUUGUCCUCAUCAUGAUCAACACUUUAGUUUUAGCCAUGAAGUAUUACGGUCAGCCCAAAGAAUACACAUUUGCCUUGGAUGUAAUGAACAUGAUUUUCACCGCAGUUUUUGCCUUCGAAUUUCUGCUUAAGCUAGUAGCUUUCAAAUUUAAGAACUAUUUUGGUGAUGCCUGGAACGUCUUUGAUUUUAUAAUUGUCCUAGGGAGCUUUAUAGAUAUAGUCUACUCAGAAGUCAAUCCAGGAACAAAUAUUAUCAGCAUUAACUUUUUUCGCCUUUUUCGAGUGAUGAGAUUAGUUAAACUUCUCAGUAGAGGAGAAGGGAUUCGAACUUUGUUGUGGACUUUCAUCAAAUCCUUUCAGGCGUUGCCUUACGUAGCUUUGUUAAUAGUCAUGCUUUUCUUUAUUUAUGCUGUUAUAGGCAUGCAGAUGUUUGGCCGUAUUGCAUUAGAUUCGUCAACGGCAAUUCAUAGAAACAAUCAUUUUCAAACUUUUCCACAAGCUGUUUUAGUUCUGUUUCGAUCCGCUACUGGCGAAGGCUGGCAAGAGAUCAUGCUUGCGUGCACCAACAAGCCAACAACAAAAUGCGAUCCCAGGUCGGACGAAUCUUUCGGGGACGUCUGCGGCUCUGAAGUGGCGCUGCCCUACUUCAUCUCUUUUUAUAUACUCUGCUCAUUUUUGGUUAUAAAUCUUUUUGUAGCAGUCAUCAUGGACAAUUUCGAUUACUUGACCCGUGAUUGGUCAAUACUGGGUCCGCAUCAUUUGGAUGAAUUUGUUCGGUUGUGGUCUGAAUACGAUCCGGAUGCUAAAGGAAGGAUAAAGCAUUUGGAUGUUGUUACUUUGCUCAGAAAAAUUUCUCCUCCAUUGGGAUUUGGAAAAUUGUGCCCUCAUAGAGUAGCUUGUAAAAAACUAGUAUCCAUGAAUAUGCCUCUUAACAGUGAUGGAACUGUUAUGUUUAAUGCAACCUUAUUCGCUUUAGUGAGGACAUCCUUGCAUAUCAAAACAGAAGGAAAUAUUGAUGAAGCUAAUGAAGAACUACGAGCGGUCAUCAAAAGGAUAUGGAAGCGCACAAGUGACGAGCUUCUUGACCAAGUGGUUCCACCAGCGGGAGCUGAUGACGAUGUUACAGUUGGAAAAUUUUACGCUACAUUUCUCAUACAAGAUUAUUUUCGUCGUUUCAAAAAAAGAAAAGAAGAAAGGUCACAUGAAGCAGGAGGGAAAGGUCAGGAGACCACGGUGGCCCUCCAGGCUGGACUGCGUACGCUGCACGAACUUGGGCCUGAAAUUCGGCGAGCCAUAUCCGGAAGCUUGGAAGUCGAAGAGAGCGAAACCGUUGAGUCAGAACCUGCACAUAGGAGAAACCAUUCUUUAUUCGGGAGCAUGUGGCACUCUGUUCGGCACGCACCCCUCAAACGCACCCGCUCCCUCAAGUCGAACAGUGCUCGGUCCCAUGCGAAGGUUUCCCCCACCAACUCUCUGGACGUCAAAUCAUCUUCACCCAAAUCCCACAUGCCUGGAAAUCACAUUCGCUUCACGCGAGAAUCAAGUGGUGCUACUACUACAUCGCCUCUUGCUAUACACAGGGGAAGUAAAUCCAGCUCCGUAUCGGUCGACAACGUCUACUUGUAUCAGUCUCCACAGCUUUCCACUCAAGUAUCUCCUACUAAUCCGCCAAUUGCACCCCAGAUCAACUACUCGGUGAUGGGCAGUGCCAGUAGCUACGAGGGCAGCUUCACACUCGAAUCGGAACACUCUCCGGGAAAGGAGAACAUCCCACUUCGCUCGUUGAGAUCCAACCAGCCUAGCCCGAGUCCUCUGGCAAAAGUGGAGAGUUUUGAGAGUAAUACAUCCAGCUCUCACAGCCGGACAUCUGCGGGGAAGAAUGAAGCAACUGGUACCAGUUUCCUAAGUCUCUGCGUGAGGGAGGACGACGAUAUGGUCAGCCUGCGACCACCCACUCCACCGCCGAGGAAAUUUCCAAGUAGGGGAACUACGGCUUCCUUCCGGCUUCCCUGCAUCGGCAAGCGGGACAGUCACGAAAGGCCUAUCCUCGUACGACAGUCUUCCAGUACCCACAGCUGUGGCGACCUAAGGGGCUCAUCUACGGAAGAGCCCCCGGACGACUCAUCUCAGUCGAAGAGCGGACACAUGAGACACAUAGCCGCCUCACUCUGCUUUGCUCAUCUUCCUGCAAUGGCCGUGGCGGGAGUUCAACCAUCUACAGACCAAUGGAAGAAAAGGAGAAGGUUGGGAGAUGGAUCUUCACAUAUACCUACUCACAGAGCUUCAUAUCAUGGUUCCCGUGAUACAUCAUUAGGAUGGAACAGCGAUUCUCCACUGAAAUCAAGAUCUGGGGACAUAACAAAUGCGGAUAUCCUCGGGAGUGCAGAAAGUCUCAUAGGAAGGGUGCUCUUAGAACAAGGACUUGGAAAAUACUGUGAUCCUGAUUUUGUUCGUGCCACUCAGAGGGAAUUAGCGGAAGCUAUUAAUUUAACCCAAGAAGAAAUGGACAUGGCAGCUCAUCAACUUUUACAAUUGGAACGCCGACAAAGUAUGCCUCACAUGUGCCUCGAAUCAUCCCCAGAGCCUGCUGAACUGCACGAAGGCGAAAUGCCUCCCGAAGCCGAAGGCGACCAACUGACAAUGCGGACAGUUGAUAAUGCCGAGGAAAAUUCCACAGCACAGAAUGGUAAUAGCAUAGCGUCGCCGAGAAAUAUUACAAUAAACCUAGAACAAACAGAAACGAACCAGGAUGCUACAGGACUUCAUAGUACUACAGAAGACACAGAUUUAUAGUAUUAUGUACAAAAAUGUGGUCAAAAUAUUUAUAUUCUUGUGUUACCAUUACUACACUAACAAAACAAGAGAGGGUGAUUAAAACCCCAAAGGCUUAUCUUGUUAGGUGGAACUGAAUUCAGAUGUUGGAGAAAGUGUGAUAAAUAAGAAGCAAAGUGACAACAGGACAGGUUUUCUUUAAUUGCAUUUUAAAAGCGUUAUUCUUGAGCUUUGAAAGUUUUGCUGCCUGCUGCAUACUGGAAGGAUACAAAUAAAAGACCGAGAAACAUGUUGAGCUGGAGUUUUAUUGAACUUUAAAAGUAUUUAUUUUCUUCGGAUCUGUGAUCCACAGUUUGUAAACAAAAAUAAAAAAAAAAUGUAUUCUCUUGUCUCAGUGCCUUCAGAAAAGAGGGCCAGCGAUUUGCACAGAAUCCCUUCGACCCAAGACUAAUAGAUGUAAAAGUAAAAAGUUGACACUUCUCUCUCUCUUUCUCAGGGCAUUCAGGAAUGUUUCUCACCCUUAUUUCAUUGCAUCCUUUUGAUUAGAGAAAGUCGAAAAUAGUUUUGAGCACUUUAAAGAGCUACAGGUCAGAUUGAAAGUAAAAAUAUGAGCUUAUAUCAGCAAAACAAUUUAAAAAUUAAAUUUGCAAAUAUGCUUGAUUACGUUUAAUAAGCUUAAUUUUACAAAUCAAUACAAAUUUAAAUUAGUACUUGAAUUGAUAAAGUGCUUAAUAUUUUAAACUGAUAUGUUCAUCUAAUCCCUCAACAAAUUACUACUACAAAUCAAAAUGUGAGAAUUGCUAUUGUGUAUUUUAAAACUGACACAGAAUAUUAAAAAUAUUAAAAUUGCUUAAUAGCAAUUAGUAUAUGUAGUAUAUUUGCUAGUUUUAAACUUUU